AUGGGAUUAUUGUUCUCUGAUACAUUCAAGCACUGGUUUUCUAAUAGGGAAACAAGAAUACUAAUGUUGGGCCUCGACGCAGCGGGAAAAACUACUGUUUUAUACAGAUUAAAACUAAAUGAAAAUGUUAUGACAAUCCCAACAAUUGGAUUUAAUGUUGAGACAAUUGAGUUCAAGAACUUUAAUAUGAACAUCUGGGAUGUUGGAGGCCAAGAUAGGAUCAGAGCAUUAUGGAGACAUUAUUACAAUAAUUCACAAGGACUUAUUUUUGUUGUUGAUUCAAACGACUACAGAAGACUAGAUGAAGCAUGUGAAGCAUUGCACAAGUUAUUGGAAGAAGAUGAGAUGAGGGAUGCGAUUUUACUUGUGUAUGCUAAUAAACAAGACUUGCCUAAUGCAGUAAAGCCGCAAGAACUAUGA